GGCAACACCGUUUUUAUUAUUGAAGACGAAAAAAAUAAACAAAAUCAUGAUCAUCAGCUGUUUUCUGUCGACGUAAACGAUUUAGGAUGGAAAUUAUUUGAUAUUUUGAAAUUUUUUCCACAUAAUGGAUCGUAACAAACGAGAAUUAGAAACUUUGGUAUCUUCACAAAAGGAGCAGCUAAUUAGAUACGAAAAGCGCUUGAAAGAUGUGGUCACCGCAUAUAAGGGAUUGUUAAAAGAAAAGGAAGCUCUAGAAUCGAGCUUGGCUGCACUAACAGCUUCGAAAGAUGCAAACAACGAAAAAUCAUUGUCAGAUGUCCCCACAAGAAGCAUUACAGAUGCCGUCGAUGCUAAAAAGGUUGUCGACGCAGCUAUAGCACCCGCUGAUGCUUUAAGCUGUGUGAUAGAUGAUAAACAGCAAUUGCAAUCACAGAUCAUGACAUUGAUGAAUUCACUAGCUACCUUAUCCGCAGAGAAGUCACGGAUGGAAGCAUCCUUUCAGGCAGAUAAAAAACAAUUACGAGGCCAACUGACACAAAAGGACGAUUGCAUCGUCGAAUUAAAGAAGACAAUUAAAGAAAAUGAAGUUAAAGCUAAAGCUCACCUUGAAGAAAUAAAGGCAAAGUGGAUAAUAGAAUGUCAGGAGCGGGAAAAAGAAACAAAUAAUCAGAUGAUUAUGAUACGAGAGUUACAAAAGCUUUAUGCUGAUGAAAGACAUCUUAAGGAAAAUAUUGAAAUGCAAUUAAACAAUUUCAAAACACAAUUUGCCAAUAAUGAAACAGAAAAUACCCGAAUACGCGAAUUACAAACACAACUAAAAGAGAGCAAAGCACAAUUGAGAGAAAUGAAAUUGGGAGGCAAUAGCAUGCAGAAUUCCACGAAAGAUGCCGUUGACCCGACAGAUAAUAUGAUUAUAUUAAAGCAAGUCCAACAACAAAUGCAACAACUUAAAGAACAACACGCAGUUGCAAUAAAGAAUGAACAGCGACGUGUGCUGCAAGCGGAAGAGCAAAGUAGACACCAGGCAGCUUUACACGAAGAUCGCGUCGCCAAUUUAGAGGCUCGUUUAGCUGAGCUAAGUACAACUGUGGGAAAUUAUGAUCGACUGCGCCAACAGGACCAAGAAAGUAUUCAUGUGCUACGAAAAAAGCUGCAGGAAUUAGAACGAAGUUCUGAUUCACAAUCGAGUUUGUCAAACGAGCUAAACCCUUCCGAUGUGGAUCAUCGGCGCCGUAGGAGAAGUAAUAUAAACUAUGAUAUUUCAAUUAUAGUUGAUGAAAUUAUACAUCUGAAAAAGUUGUUAUUGGCUGAAAAUUCACGUAGUACAAACCCUGUCGAUAUUAACAAAUUAUUUUCAGUCAGCGCUGAUCAUACACAAUGUCACGAGGAAUUGGCUAUUUUACAACAACAGUACGACACUUGUAAGGCCGAACUUUCACAACAACAAGAACGUUCACAUGGCCAAAGAACGCAUAUAUCUACUUUGCAGGAAAAAGUCAAAGUGCUAAAUCGCAAUAUUGAUGAGCAAGAAUUAGAUCUAAAAAAUCAGGCGGAAAAAAUGAGAAACGCUAUAAAAGAAGAACGUGCUAAAUGGAAAACUAAAUUAAGUGAGUUGGAGAAUGAGACACGUUGUAAAGUUGUUGAUUUGGAACAGCAAUUACAAAAGCAAAGGCAACGAUCCCUGCAACUGCUCGACGAAAAGGAACAAGAAAUAAAAACAUUGCAGACAUCUUUUGAAAUUUUUCAUAAUGUAACAUUACCGUCGACAGUUGACACCCAUGCUGAGAACCCGACGUCAGCAUCCGAUGCUGAUAGUAAUGAUGGAGUUGGAGCAGGGAGUGGCAACACACAAUUGGGCACAAUGGUUCCAAUUAAAUCGAAAAAGCUUUCAGUCGGUGAAAACUGUCAUAUGCUGCACUAUGCCAAUGAGAUAGCUCGGAAAGAUAUCGAAAUAGCCGCAUUGCGAAAAGCUAAAUACGCUGCUGAAUCAAGUUUGCGUAAGGCUAUACAGGAGAAGGUGAACGCACAAGAGGAUCUCUGCGAUAAGAUAGCGUUACUUGAGGAGCAGGUCGACAGACUGGAGCGCUGUAAAACGCGGGAAGGGGCGAAUCUUGAAUAUUUGAAGAACGUGAUCAUUAGUUAUAUUGUAACGCGAGAUCCAGAUGGCAAGCGGCAUAUGUUGAAUGCCAUAAGUGCUGUACUGCAGUUAACACCAGUCGAGAUGCAGACGAUUAAUAACGCAUUCCAAAAAAAAUAAAAUCUUACAUUUGCACCCUGUACAAGAUGUGUGUGCGUGUAACCAAAAACAUAUAUUGUUAACAGUAUCAACAUUUGUAACAAAAAACAAAGUUAAAUAAAUUAUUAAAUGUACCUAUUAUUUUAACAAACCUUGAAUAGAAUUGUUUACAUAUUAAUAAAAGCCACUGAUUGGAAACUUUUUAA